AUGGCGAAGAGCAAGAAUCAGUCCCAGCGCUCCCGCGCAGCACGGCGGGCAGCGUCCCCAAGUCUCGACCUUGAUAAGUCGGUGACUUCCAUGCCCCGAGCGGAAUCUCCUACCACAACAAGGCCUUCGGUUCUUGCUGACCGUGCCAAUGCUGGUAUCCAAAAAAAGCAGAAUAAAAAGGAGAAGAUUUCAAGGGCUCAGCGCUUAAGGCAACAAAAGGGAAUGGACCGAGCCGAGGCGGUGAUGGAUCAAUUGGAAAUCAAAAAGGCUAAAAGUGUUGCUCGCGGCAAGGCCGUGAACUCCCGAAGAGCUGAUUGGGAAGAUACCAACCGCAAAACCUUGGCGUUUGCCGCUCUUCAAAAUGACGAUGACGAGGAAGACGAGGAAGACGAUGCGAUGGCCGAAGAUUCUGUACCUUCUGGAAUCCCUGUGGCAAAGAAUGUCUUCCAAAUCGCAACAGAAGCCUCCAACCCCGCAACGGAUGACACUGCAACUAUCGAUGAAGCCGACGAGAUCACCUGA